AGAUUGCAAAAUCUCAACGACGUGACAUGGUCAGGUGAUGGACGAUUUGAUUCCAUGGGACAUAAUGCCAAAUAUGGAACGUAUACUAUGUUUUGCAAUAGCAUCUCAAAAUUGGUCCAUUUUGAACUGUUACAGUCAAACCAAGCUGGUAGUAGUAACAACAUGGAGCCAGUCGGGGCACAGCGUGCAUUCAAGUUUAUCAAGGAUAACAAUUUAAACAUAUCCAUAUUUGUCAGUGACCGCCACAGAACCAUUGCCAAAUGGAUUCGUGAAUGUGAACCACAAACAACACAUUUCUAUGAUCUUUGGCAUGUCUGCAAAGGCAUUUCUAAGAAGAUUAGAACUGUGGGACAGGAGAAAGGGAACGAAAUUUUAUUAUGUUGGAUGAAGGCAAUAAAGAAGCACCUGUACUGGUCGGCCACUUCAACACAGCAAGGCUUUGGUAAUCUCAUUGUCGCAAAGUGGGCGUCAUUGAUCAGGCAUGUUGCCGACAAGCAUGAUAAUCAUCCUAAUGAAAUUUACAAGGAAUGUGCUCAUGAUGAACUAGAGGCACGGGAUUGGAUUUAUGUUGGAACUCAGCCAUAUGAUCGUCUGAAAACAAUCAUUCUGAACCAUCAAGUAAUUGAGGAUGUACGCAAACUUUCAAGUGAUGCACAAACCAGCUGUCUGGAAGCAUUCCAUUCCCUCUUGAACCAAUGGCACCCAAAAAUGACACACUUUUCUCGGCUUGGUACAAAGUGCAGGCAUAUUCUUGCCAUUUGUCAUUUCAAUGAGAAUGUUUUGAGACAGCAAAACCAAUUGCAAGAUGGUUCACUUCAAUACAAUGUUGUGUACCCAAAAUUCAAGCUUGGAGAAGAAGUAGUUAAAGAAGUAGCUGUUCCACCAACAUAUAGAUAUGUGUGUGAUAUCAAGAAUACAAUGCUCUCCAGCACAUUGAAAGAAAUGAAAUACAUCUUUGACCUAAGCAAAGAACAUGAGCCUGAACCGUUAGACGGGCAAUUUGAAAGGAAAAAAUCAAAGGCAGAAGCUAUCAGACACCACCUUCAAAGAAAACAGACAGCAACGACACUUUUCCCAGAUGCAAACCAGCAAUACAAACUUAAAGAGGAUGAGCAGCAACAGAUGAAUAGCAAAAAGGAACACUGCACACGCACUUGUCGCAAAUGUCAUCAACCCAUGAAGGGUCAUCCACGAGGAAAAUGUCCUUCACCUGCUUUAUCUUGAUAACCUGUUUGCUUGUUUGAUUUUGGUAUGCUUAUACACUCAGAUUUGAACAUAGUGAAAAAAGUUUACGAAAACCAUAUCAUUUCUACCUUUCAAAUAGAUGUUCUAAUUAUUAGUUCCCUUUUGUGGAAAAGAAACCUUAAACUUCCUUUACCAAGUUAAAAUUUUUCAAAGAAUAACAGCUGACUUUUUUCAAUAUUAUAUUCAAACCCGUUCCAGAGAUGACAUGUAACCUUUGGAUUGAUUUGUUGGAUAUCGCGAUCUUAAAUCAUUGUAAAUGCAUGCAGGCAAUGGGCGAGUGUUGCUCCAUCCUAGGUAACCAAACAGGUAUCUUGCAACCCAUCUGUAGCCAACAGCCCUCAUGAACGUAAAAUGAAAUUCUGUAUUAAUUAAGUGAACCUGGGUUUGAUUCUAACCCCCAUUGAGUUUAAUAACUUGUGAAAUCUUACUAUUCGAGUUUGCCUAAAGAAGUUUUUAGAAACUGCAAUAGCCUGAUAAGUUGUGAGCCUUUAUUGUGUUUGCUAAUAAUUUGACAGUGAUUUGAUGGUAUUAUUUGUAAUAUGAAAUAAAUUUAUCCUUACCCCUUAACUUACCCCUGGUUGAAAUGUGAAUAAAAAUGGUGAAACUGGUUAUUACCCAUUCUCGCUCUGAUCGGCUCUUUUCUUGUAUCUUUUCCCGUCUCUCCCCUUGAGUAACAGGCUCACAUUUGUCAGAACCACAUUACAUGUAAUUGACUUUUCUUGUAUUAUCGGCUCUUUUCUUGUAUUUUUUCCCGUCUCUUCCCUUG